ACACACAUUAAUCAAGCACAGGCCACAACAGCUCUUUCAAGAAUGGCUAGAACCCCCCAAUCCACACCUCUGCUCAUCUCCCUCUCAGUCCUAGCUUUCCUCCAGACCACUUAUGCCGGUGGCAUCGCCAUCUACUGGGGCCAAAACGGCAAUGAAGGGACCCUAACCCAAACCUGCAACACCGGAAAAUACUCCUACGUUAACAUAGCCUUCCUCAACAAGUUCGGGAAUGGCCAGACCCCUGAAAUCAACCUUGCAGGCCAUUGCGACUCUGCUUCCAAUGGCUGCACCUCCGUCAGUACCGACAUAAGUAACUGCCAAAGUCAAGGCGUUAAGGUCAUGCUCUCUAUAGGUGGUGCGAUUGGAAGUUACUCUCUGUCCUCUUCCGAUGAUGCCCAAAACGUAGCCAACUAUCUGUGGAACAACUUCUUGGGAGGACGAUCAUCGUCUCGGCCAUUAGGUGAUGCAGUAUUAGAUGGCAUAGACUUUGUCAUCCUGCUCGGUUCGACCCAGUACUGGGACGACCUUGCUCGAGCCUUAUCGGGUUUCAGUCAGCGUGGGAGGAAGGUAUACCUAACUGCAGCCCCUCAGUGUCCAUUCCCAGAUAAGUUCAUGGGCACUGCUCUUAACACAGGCCGUUUUGACAAUGUUUGGGUGCAAUUCUAUAACAAUCCCCCAUGCCAGUAUACUUCUGCCAACACCACUAACCCUCUGAAUUCAUGGAACCGGUGGACUUCAUCGAUAAAUUCACUGAUCUUCUUGGGUUUGCCGGCAGCCUCUGCAGCUGCCGGAAGCGGGUUUAUUCCGGCCAAUGUGUUGACCUCUCAAAUUCUUCCGGUCAUUAAGACAUCACCCAAGUAUGGAGGUGUGAUGCUGUGGUCAAAGUACUAUGAUGAUCAGAGUGGAUAUAGCUCUACCAUUAAGAGCAGUGUGUGAACUGGUUCUUUCUCUGCUUAGUCUAUCUAUAUCAAUAGUAAUAGAUUGAAUAAGCUUUCAUCCUUGAUGAAUGUAUGGAAAAAAUGAAAGAGAAAAUUAUGGGGAAUAUUGUAUGGAAAAUUGGAAACAGUUGUCCUUGACUUUCCUUUUAAAUAUGAUCAAUUUCGCUAUGCGUGACUAAGAAGGCUUAG